AGGAAUACACACUGAUUUGGGCAAUUUCGCCAAAUUUGGUUUGACUAUGGAACAAGUCAUUGCUCAAGUCAUUAAGAGACAGCAGACUGAAGAACGCCCACCUGACGUACUUUCUCAGCAGACGACAAAAUAUGAAAAGCGCAACUCCGCUUCACUUCGUAAAAGGAAAAAUUCUUCGAAAUUGUAUUUAAAGACAGAUCAGAAUUGGAUGGCACUCCGUGAGAAACUUGCUUCCAACUCAAUUCACGACAAGGGAAAAUAUCGACAGAAACGAGAAAGUAACGUGACUUGUUUUAAAAGUGGAGUUGAGAGUGGAAUACAAAAUUCAUCGGUCCGGUCCCGAGAAACACAAGUGACUUUUUGUGAUGGAACCGUUCCAUCCCAAGGGCUAGAGCUUGCAAAUAGCAAGAGCACAGCUGAGAUCUCUUCUAGGAACGAGAUUCCACGACUUACAAAAGUAGUGGCGUUAGACUGUGAGUUUGUCGGAGUGGGAAAACUAGGAAAGGAACAUUCACUUGCUCGAGUUUCAAUCGUGAACUUUAAGGGAGAAGUACUGUAUGAUAAAUAUGUUUUGAACGACAAGGAACCAGUUGUUGACUAUCGCACCUCUGUUAGUGGAAUUCGGCCUGAACAUUUGAGGAGUUCAGAUGCAGUAUCUUUUGAACAAGCACAGCGGGAUGUUUAUUCGAUUAUUAGGAAUCGUAUUUUGGUUGGUCACGCAAUUCACCACGAUAUGCACGCACUUUUACUUUCACAUCCACGUAAGCUGAUAAGGGAUACUUCCAAGUGGCGAGGAUUGCGAAGCCAUCAUCUAUCAAGAAAAACACCCUCUUUGCGGAAAUUGGCUCAAGAAAUUCUAGGAAUAAGGAUUCAGGAUGGAGAACAUGAUUCAGUAGAAGAUGCCAGAGCGACUCUGAUGAUUUACAAAAGAUUUGCAAAAGAAUGGGAAAUGGAACUGCAGACGAAGAAAAAGUGGAAGUUUUAAAUUUGUUUCUGAAAAACAUUGUUUAUGUGUGAGUUUAUAGUUGUUGAUACAGAAUUGGAUAGCAAGGCAAUGGUUUUUCAGCUUAUUCGUUUCAGAUUGACUGAAACAUCGUUUUAGCCAACUAGUAAUAAUAAACCUGUUGUUAUUUACGU